AAGAUCGGUCGCACAGCGCCUCUUCUCUCACUUGCGUCUUGUACAGGCCCCUCCAUCCAUCGCUGCCUGCCUCCCUCCCUCGCUCGCUCGCUCUCUCCCUCUCAUCUCCUCUCUCUGUCACAGUCCAUGCUCCUCCCUCUCCUUGGCCAAUUGACGGACGAGUGAGUGAGUGAGUGAAUGAGUGAAUGAGCGAGUGAGUGAGCGAGCGCGCUCGAGCGCGCAAGAGCAUGCUGUCCAGUUCUCGAGGUGCUGUCGCUACUGUCGUUCCUGCCUCGCAACGAGAACGAGAACGAGAACGAGUCUGAAGCGUCGUGGAGAACGAAGGAGAGGGCGAGGUCGAGCAAAUCGAUGCACGUGAAACGGAUGUGAAGCGAAGCGAACGCCUCGAUGGAGUUCGAAACGGAAUCUGAGAUCAAGGGGGUGUGGCGGGUGGCCAAUGUUGCCAACGACCUGCUGACGAGCACGGUGGUGGGCGCCUUCUGCCUGCACAUCGCCGACGACUGGUUUCUGAAGACGGCUCUGGGCGUGCUGCUGGCCUUUCUGUGGAAGCGCUACUUUCAGACGUGGACGAACGACAGGAUUGUGCAAGCUCACCUGGCGGCGGCUGCGAAUCAAAUCAUCACUCUGAACAAAGUGGUCGCCAAGUAUCAAGACACCAUCACCGCCUCGACUGCGCAGCACAAGUGCAAAUGCAAUAGCAGCGGAUGCAGCAGCGGCAAAGAGGAUGCCAAUGCUGCUGCUGCGACCGGCGACGCCCCCAGCUCCGUCGACUCGAGCUCGGCCGUGGUGGACGAGAAGGACGCCGAUAGCCCAGACGAGUACACGACGCCCUUGCUGGUCGAGGGCCUGGAGGACCAAGUGCCGAGACGAGCGCUUAUCAGCCUAUCAUUGUCGUACAAGCUCCAUGUGACGGGCGAGCUGUGGCCCGUCCUAGAAAGGACGAGGAAACUGCGAGCUUCGGGAGCAGCUGGAGCUGGGGAUGUGGUGAAUCUGAUUCAAGGGUCCAGGAGAAUCCUGCAGACGCACGUCAUCGUGCGCUCUGAUCUCAUGGAAAAUCUCAAGAAUGUGGUGAUUGAGGCAGCGAAAAUUGAUAAGGAUUGCACUCUGCAGCUGGAUGGGUGUGUCGUCUUCAAGAAUACAGAGAUUUGAUACCCCGGCGCUGAAACUGGUGACCUGUUCCGAAUUGCUUACGAAGUGGAGACUUAUUCUGGGGGAAGAGUGGCCAGAACUGUGGCGAUCCGACAGGAUAGAACGGCGUACAGAUGCUGAAGCUCGAUGACAUCUCCGUGCCCACCAUCACUCAUGCUGAGAGCACCGCUGGAGUCCUGAGCUGUAUCAAAGGACUUCACUUGGAGGGCGCAAAGCUGAAGGCAACUUCCAGGAGGAGGACCGUCGUGCUGAAAGUUACAGGUCGAGAGAAGAGCCCGGGAGGACUGGAGAUUCUGAGCUGCAUGGAGCCGCUGCCCAUGCGCAACCUUGAUGAAGUUUUCGUGUACGCCUCGAAGAGAGUGAAGGUCGAUGGCCACUACGUAGACGUCGUCAGCGCCGCUGCGAGUAUCCAAGACGUGCAAUUACGGACAGCUAUUCGGGACUGGAUUCCGGCGGCCAUUAUGAUCAUUUGUGUCGCGAAAGGCAUGUGGGUUUUGGCACGACCGUCAAUUCUGAACCUAAACUUCAAUUACGCUGGCUGCGCAUGGAUCGUCCCCGGCUUGGCCAUCUGUCUGCUGCAACUCCUACCGAGCAGGGCCGAGGAAUUCAUCAAACAAGGGGUGAAAAGCGUGGCUCGCUCGACGUGGAGCAUGUACGAGUCUUUGCAGUCCAUCAAAUCCGAAAGCAAGCUUGACGUCAGGCGCUGCUUGGCGCUUCCCUCCGGAGCCCCUCCUCCUCCCAAGUCCAAAUCCAGGCGCAGCAGUGCGACCACUCCUGCAGCGCCUGCAGCCCCGGCUCCCGCUGCCAAACCCGAAGUCCCUGCUGCCGAUGCGAAACCGGCUGUACCGGAGAAGCCGGUGUCGGACCCGGACUGGCAGUGGCCGAGCUUCGACGAGUACGCGGAGAAGAGCGGGCCGCCGAAGCUGAAGGAGCGCACGGCGACGCCGGACGCGAACAACAGCCCGUUCCAGGUGGUGUACAAGCGCAAGCCGCACCAGCAGUGGCCGGACGUGGUGUCGAUCAACCUGAGCUCGCCGGUGCUGGUGCGCGUGGUGCAGAAGCUGCUGCCGUCGAAGAAGGACCUGCAGUACGUGGACAAGCCGGCGGUGCUGGGCAAGGAGCUGUACCUGGUGCUGGACCAGCUGGUGGCGUACGAGCUGACGGCGGAGGACGUGGACCCGCCGGAGCCGGUGGCUGGGACUGGCGCCGGCGCGCUGAUGGAGCUGGAGACGGCGCAGCUGCACCUGGCGCACCUGAUCCGGUUCAUGAAGAAGGAGUACAACGACGUCACGGUGCGCAUGGAGCGCAUGCGCGACGAGCGCCAGGCGCCGUGGGACAUGCUGUGGGUCUUCUUCCCGCCGGGCGCCAAGGUGGCCUACAACUGCAAGGUGUCCAAGGAGCAGCUGCUGGCGCAGGUCAAGAGCACCAACUUCAACUACAACUCGUUCCGCAAGUACUCGAAGUUCGACGUGGUGCUCGACGUGUACGACUACAACGGGCAGAGCUACCGCAAGUGCAACAUCACCAAGGAGAUCGACGAGUUCGAGGGCGAGCAGGAGCUGCAGAAGCUGGACGUGUGCCCGCUGGAGUUCGCGGAGCACUCCGCCACGCUGGAGGCCACCUGCCUGGCCAACGGGCGCAAGUUCUGCAGCCUCGUCAUGCGCCAGAACUUCGUGUACAUGCACUACCGCGGCCCGCUGGUCCACUACCGCAAGGAGAACGGGUGCUGGCAGCUGUUCUCGUGCAACGCGGACGGCCGCGUCAUGAUCGACCUGGCCAGCUUCGCCAAGAUGAACCCCAACUACCCGAUGGGCAACGCGCAGCCGCUGACCGGCGUGCUGCGCGGCAACCAGAUCACCACCUGCGACCACAUGGCCGAUGCCAACCUCGUGUUCGCGCCGGCCAUCGUCUACGGCUUCUCGUUCAGCCAGAAGCAGUGGGGCAUGUUCGCCGUCUCGGGCAUCUGCGACAUCGUCUUCAACGCCGGCGCCUUCGAGAGCCUGGUCAUGGACGGCGACGAGAAGCAGCUCAUGUACAACCUGGUGUCGCAGUACCUGGCGCCGCCGCCGCCCGCCGCCGCCGCGCCGGCGCCGGCGCACAUCGACCCCAUCAGCAACAAGGGCGAGGGCUGCAUCUUCCUCUGCUACGGGCCGCCGGGCACCGGCAAGACGCUGACGGCCGAGUCCAUCGCCGAGGAGCUCAAGCGCCCGCUCUGGGCGCUGAGCGUGUCGGAGCUCGGCACCUCGGCCGCCAUGCUGGAGGCCACGCUGGUCAAGGUGCUGGACAUCGCGGCCUCCUGGCGCGCCGUGCUGCUGCUGGACGAGGCCGACGUGUACCUGGAGAGCCGCAAGGCGUCCGACGUGUUCCGGAACGCCAUGACCGGCGUGUUCCUGCGCCUGCUCGAGUACUACCGCGGCGUGCUGUUCCUGACCACCAACCGCGUCACCACCUUCGACGAGGCCUUCCUGUCGCGAAUCUCCAUGUUCCUCAACUACAAGAAGCUCGAGACGCACCCGCGCGAGCUCGUCUGGAAGAAGCUCCUGACGCGGGCGCAGGUGCCCGGCGUGACCGACGAGUUCGUCGCGGAGGCCGCCGAGGAGGACCUCAACGGCCGCUCCAUCCGCAACAUCAUCCAGACCGCGCAGACCUGGGCCAAGAGCCGCGGCGAGGACUUCUCGGCCGACCACGUCAAGUCCGUGCUCAAGGUCACGGCCGCCUCCCUCGACGUGCUGCGCAACUGCAUGGGUCACGUCUCGGACCUCUCGUACUUCAUGUAAUUUUCCCCCCCUCCUCCCCUCUUAGAAAUACGAGCAGAUCCAUCGAUCGAUGUCCCCGCACACGGAUUCGGACUUCAAGGUUUAACCACGACACGUGCAAGCAGCCUCCCCCGGCUCCCGGUUCAUGUAACCUCGUACCACGUAGCAGGCAGUAACUUCGCGCGGGCGUGCGCAGCUCCAGCUCUAGCUAGCUUCAGUAGCUAGCUCAGCCAGAUUGUAAACGAGAGCAGUAAAUGUAGGCGAGAGUAAAUAUAUCACCGAGGUAAAGAGGUGAUCGACGAGACAGGACAAACCCAGCGGAUUCUUCAUUUGUAUCGCUCUGUCGAGUGUGAUUCAGUUGUUGGAUUCUUGUAAUCGGAUCGAGUUGUAUCUCAUUGGCCA